CCGCCGCCGCCAUGGUGCGCUUCAAGAACAGGUGCGGGCGAGACGGGCGGCCCCGGCGGUGCGGGGUCCCUCCGGCUCCGCUCACCGUGCGUGUCCGUCCCGCAGUGAAGUACCUGAACGCCUACACCGGGACGGUGCUGCUGCGCUGCCGCAAGGACUCGUACCGGCUGCUGUGCUCCGCGCUGCCCUUCGUGCGGCACCUGGAGAGCCGCGGGCAGCGCUACCCCUGCUUCCUCAACACCCUGCACGUCGGAGGUACCAUAAGAACAUGUCAGAAAUUCCUGAUUCAGUAUAACAGAACACAGCUGCUGAGGUUGUUGCAAAACUGUACAAAUGAAGAGGAAAGACAAUGUAUACAGAAGUCCUUGUUGAGCUGUUCCCUGACAGAAGAGCAGUCUGAAAGUGGAGAUGAGGAGGAUGAUGAUGGCACAGAGACAGACUGAAUGUCACUUGUUACUGUUCACCUCUAUUCUAUGCUUGUUUACUCAAGAUGGGACUGGUUAUCUUCAGCGUUAAGCAGUGCAGGGGACUGGAAAAGUAUUUGUUCAUAUUUAGACUUCAUUCCCCAUUCCAAAUGUUUUUAAAUUUAAAAAAAUAAAACAUGAUUUCACUUAAGUAGGUUAUUUGCCUAUUUCUCCUAUGGUUUGCCUAUUUCUCCUAUGGUUUUGACUCCUAUGACUCCAGGAGUCAAAACCACUUGCACUCCUGAGGAGAGCAGCAGCUCAACAUGUUCUUCAUGCUGAGGUAGAAGGGAGCUUUUAGGCAGUUGGCACAGACAAGGAAUGUAGUUAUUCUCCUUCAACAUACAAAAAGCAUUAACAUCUGCUUUUUUGUUAGCCACAGGGCCAUCACUGUUUUGAGUGAGAAAAGCACCAGUUGUGUACACAGGAGCAGUGAGUUCAUGGAAUGUAUGGCAGAGUGCAAGGCUCAACUCCA